UUGUACUAAUAAUAGUCAAGUUAUAGCAAAAUUAACUUUUUUUUAUUAAACUUAUUAUAUUGUACCAACUCCUCCUUUCUUUUGUUCAUAAUCUCUAUUCUUUUACAACUCAAAGAAAUGGAGUCAUCAAACAUAUUUUACUUGUUAGUUUGUUUCAAUCUCGCUCUAAGGAUUCCAGAAUUAACUUCAGCUCAAUUUUCAUUUCGCCACAGUUGGUGUGGCGACGCUACUUAUGCACCCAACAGCACUUACCAAUCCAACCUUAGAGCAGUCCUAAACUCCCUUGCUACGGACACUCGAAUCACCUAUGGUUUCUACAACUUCACUGUAGGACAAGGUCCAGAUAGAGUAAACUCUUUAGUCAUAUGCAGAGGCGAUGUUCCUGUAGGAACAUGCCGGGUUUGUGUAAGAGACUCUGCUAGUUCAAUCCCUCAUACUUGUCCUAACCAAAAAGAGGCAUUUGGUUACAGUCAGUACUGCAAAAUAUUUGUAUCAAAUCGUGCUAUAUAUGGUAUCGUGCAGAAUGACCCACAGUGGUAUCUGACAACUAGUGAUAAUGUGACCGGUGUUACUGGGUUCAACCAAACACUCUAUUCUCUAAUGAGUUCGUUGCAGAAUCGAGCUGCUUCAGGUAAUUCUGAGCUGAAAUAUGCGACUGGAGAAGUUAGUCUUACCGGAGGUGGAGGUCAGAAGUUAUAUGGGCUUGUGCAGUGUACUCCGGAUUUGUCUAGGCUGGCCUGUAUACAGUGCAUUCAAGGGUCUCUUUCAGUUCUCCCAACUUGUUGUAUUCAACCUUCUUAUACAGCUUCAGGGGUAACAAUUGUCAUACCGAGCUGCUUUGUUCAGUAUGAGCUCUUCAAUUUUACUGGGAAUGUGCCUAAUCUAACUCCGCCUCCACUGCCACCGUCACCAGGACCUCCCUCGCCACCAAACAAUGACACUUCAACAUCUGCAGUUAGGAGAAGAAAGAAAUCUCUUAAUCCUAGCGUUAUUGCUGUCCCAAUUGUUGGCACAACGAUAAUGAUUGUUGCUGUUGUCCUCUGCAUCACAUUAAGGAAGAAGAAGAUGAGAAAGUCCUGGAUGCUGAAAUUCAACAAAGAUGAAAUUGAGACCCUUCAGUCUUUGCAAUUCAGUUUGGGGACUAUCAAACAGGCAACAGGGGAUUUUUCAGAGGAAAAUAAGCUCGGAGAAGGUGGAUUUGGCGUCGUUUAUAAGGGUGUGCUUUCUGAUGGACAAGAGCUAGCAGUGAAAAGGCUAUCAAAGAAUUCUGCACACGGAGAUUUACAGUUCAAAAACGAAAUUUUGAUAUUGGCCAUACUCCAACACAAGAACUUGGUCAGGCUACUAGGAUUUUGCCUGCAAGAAGAAGAAAUGCUUCUCAUUUAUGAGUUUGUUGCGAAUAGAAGCCUCGAUUACUUUAUAUUCAAUCCUGUACAGCGUGAGACUAUGAGGUGGGAAACACGCUAUAAAAUCAUCUAUGGCAUUGCCAGAGGGCUCCUCUACCUUCAUGAAGAGUCAAGAACACGAAUCAUCCAUCGUGACCUUAAAGCAGGGAAUGUACUUUUAGAUGAAGAAUUUAAUCCUAAGAUUGCAGAUUUUGGUAUGGCUAGGUUGUUUAACAUUGAUCAAACUCAGACAUUGGCAAGCAGAAUUGUUGGUACCUAUGGAUAUAUGUCACCUGAGUAUGUGCUCCAUGGACAAGUAUCAAUGAAGACCGAUGUCUUUAGCUUUGGUGUACUCGUCCUAGAGAUUGUAAGUGGACAAAGGAUUAGUUCAUUCUUAAACGGAGAGAAUCCUGAAAGUCUUCUUAGCUAUGCUUGGAGGAAUUGGGUAGAUGGCACGCCUUGGAAUGUAGUGGAUACUACAUUAUCAGCUGGUUUCAGCACAGACAUACUGAGAUGCAUCCACAUUGGUUUAUUGUGUGUUCAAGAGAACCCUGUAGACAGGCCAGCGAUGUCGUCGAUUGAUCUUAUGCUAAGUAGACAGUCUCUCACCCUUCAAGUGCCAUUACAACCUGCAUUCUUCGUAGAGAGCAUCUCUCAAUCAAAUGGCCCUUCCCAAGAGAACACUACAACUGAAUCAAGCAGCAGAACAAGAAGAUACUCCGUUAAUGAGGUCACCAUUACAGAACCAUACCCCAGAUAUUACACUAUGGAUUUUCUAACAUUAUUAGUCCUUCAAUUCGUCUUCAUUUCAUUGAUUCCCAAAAUAUCUGCCCAGUACCAAUUCCUCCACAGCAGAUGCGGAAACACCAGUUACUACACCCCUAACAGCACUUACCAAUCCAAUCUCAAAACAGUCCUCAACUCUCUUUCAACCACUCGAGUGACAAACGGCUACUACAACCUCACCACGGGGCAAAAACCCGACAAAGUCGAAGCUAUGGUCCUCUGUAGGGGAGAUGUCCCGGUGAAUAAUUGUCGCCUUUGUAUGCGUAACUCGGCUGCCAGUCUCCCAUUGUUCUGUCCGAAUCAAACACAGGCAUUUGGGUACUCCGAUCCCUGCAUAAUCUUUUAUUCAAACAACGCUACUUCUCACGUUGUAAGAGAUAGGCCGUUGUGGGGUCUAUGGAAUAAUAAGAAUGUUUCUGAUAUCAUAGGGUUCAACAAUACACUCACUGCCUUAAUGAAGAACUUGCAAAAUCAAGCUUCUUUGGGAAAUUCUGAGCUGAAAUUUGCUGCUGGACAGACUAAUCUUAGUGGUACAAAUAAAACGAUGUAUGGUCUUGUGCAGUGUUCUCCUGAUUUGUCUAGCCAUGAUUGUGUCGUGUGUAUACAGGGUCUUUUCAGUUUCUUUCCAAAGUGGUUUGUUACGCCUACAUUUACAGCUGCAGGAGCAAGAUUGAUAACGCCCAGCUGCAAUCUUCGGUAUGAAAUCUACAGUUUUUAUGGUAAUGUAACUGAUGUAGGUCCUCCGUCAUCACCACCCCCACUGCUACCACCAUCAUCUGUAUCAAACAGAAGUACUACUGCAAAAGUUGAAGAGAGAAAAAGGUCUUAUAGCACCAUUUUCAUCGUUCUCCCAAUCCUUGGGUCAUUAGUACUCAUCAUAAUCAUAGCCUCAAUCAGUUUCCUACUAAGGAGAAAGAAGCUAAAAAGGUCAACUACAAAAAUUAACAAAGAAGAAAUUGAAACUCUCCAGUCCUUACAAUACAGUAUUGGAACCAUCAAGGUUGCAACAGAUGAUUUUUCUGAUAAUAAUUAUCUUGGAGAAGGUGGAUUUGGUACUGUUUAUAAGGGAAAGCUACCUGAUCACCAAGAAAUAGCAGUAAAGAGGCUAGCAAGGAAUUCAGUUCAAGGAGAUUUACAGUUCAAGAAUGAAAUUCUGAUAUUAGCUAAGCUUCAGCAUAGGAAUCUAGUGAGGCUUCUAGGAUUCUGCUUGGAAGAAGAUGAAAUGCUUCUAAUUUACGAGUUUGUGACCAACAAAAGCCUUGACAACUUCCUAUUUGAACCUAUGCAAGGUAAAUCUAUGCCAUGGGAAACACGUUACAAAGUCAUUAACGGCGUUGCAAGAGGGCUUCUUUACCUUCAUGAAGACUCUAGACUGCGAAUAAUUCAUCGUGACCUUAAAGCUGGUAAUGUUCUACUAGAUGUAGAAUUUAACCCAAAGAUUGCAGAUUUUGGUAUGGCAAGGUUGUUUAACAUUGACCAGACUCAAGCAGUAGCAAGCAGGAUUGUUGGAACCUACGGAUAUAUGGCACCUGAGUAUGUGCUUCAUGGUCAUGUCUCAAUGAAGUCCGAUGUCUUCAGUUUCGGUGUACUUAUCCUAGAGAUUGUAAGCGGUCAAAGGAUUAGCUCUUUCCAAAUUGGAGAAAAUCCCGAAAAUCUGCUUACUUUUGCAUGGAAAAAUUGGCUAGAAGGGAAAGCUUGGAAUCUUGUUGAUCCUACAUUAUUUCCUGCAUUUAGUACAGAAAUAUUGAGAUGCAUACACAUUGGUUUGCUGUGUGUCCAGCAUAACAUGGCAGACAGACCUACUAUGUCUUCGGUUGAGCUUAUGCUAAGUAGCUCUUCUGUUUCUCUCCAGGUGCCUUCACAACCAGCUUUUUUCACUCGAAGCCAUACAAUAUCUAAUGCGACCUCUCAAGGAACCUCAGGUCAAUCUACUAGUAGAAUGUCUGCAUGUUCAAUAAAUGAGGUUUCUAUGACAGAAAUCUACCCUCGAUAGUACAACGCUACUACUUGAAGCUUCUAAUAGUUGAACAUCAUUGUGAACUAUUUAUAUGAUUAAAGUUUCAGUUUUUUUAGUCCAUAUGAUUCUGAAAUAACCUAUGAGAGCAAGAAAACAGGGACUUGCCACUAGUGUUGCUAUGAACAGUUACGGUUGUACAUAGAAGUGAUGCAGAGGAAGGAAGUACAGCAGUCACUGGGAACAGGUUCUAUUCAGCUCUAAAAUUUAACUGUAGAGGUGUAGUAUUUAAACAACCUUCUUCAUUUGAAGGCAUUUUAGGAAGAUUAAGAGGAAUGUAAAAAUGCAUUGGUUCAUUUGAUCAUUAUUUAAUUAUUGUGAAGGUUAAAGGACCGAUUCAGUUUCUUAA